AUUAAGACAAGACACACGGAUCACUGAACAGAUCAGAGAGUUCUUUGCCUCCCCACACGGAGUGGAUCAAAUCGAUGGUAUCUGCUUCGUGGCCCAAGCCGCUUUGGCCCGGCUGACAGAGACACAGAAACACAUCUUUAAUUCAAUUCUUUCCAUUUUUGGCAAAGAUAUUGCAGAGAAUAUACGUAUAUUGGUCACCUUUGCAGACAGAGGGCUUCCUUCAGUCCUGGAGGCCAUCAACAAAGCUAAGAUCCCGUGUCCCAAAGCCAAAGGUCGACCAAUUCACUUCAAAUUCAACAACUACGACCUAUUCUCCCAAACUGGAACCUCUGAAGAUUGUGACGAUGAGGACAGCUUUGACCCAAUGAACUGGAAAAUGGGAUCAACCAACGCGAACAAGUUCUUUGCCGCUCUGAGCAACAUGACACCGAAGAGCCUGCGCUUGACCAAGGAGGUCCUUUGGGAGCGGAAGCAACUGGACGUGACUGUGCGGGGAUUGCAGCCGCAGAUGAGAGUGGCUCUGAUGAAACUGGAGGAGAUCAGGAAGACGCAGCGGGAGUUGGAUCGUCACAAAGACGACGUGGAGAAAAAUAGAAACUUCGAGUACGAAACUACUGAGCCAAAAAUAGAAAUAAAGGAUAUCACGAGCACCGGAACACAAGCGAGAAAUUGUCAAAAGUGCUUCAUGACGUGCGAAAAUCCCUGCGGAUGCAGCGACUGGUGGAAAUACUUCUGCGCAGCUAUGGACGGGUGGGGAAACUGCACGGUCUGUCCCGGCAAAUGCGCAUCGAGGCAUCACCAACGGCAAAAUUACACCUUUGACAACAUCACCGUCACGGAAAAGAAAACGUACCGCGACGUGAAAGCCAAGUACGAGACGGCCUGCGGUGAGCAGUUGACUCAAGAGAAGCUGAAGCAGAAACUGGAGGAGGAGUUUGUUCAGAUCCAGUGCAAGGUUCAGGAGCUGGUGGACACCAUAUCUCGCUGCCUGGCGCGGCUCGACGAGAUAGCGCUCAACCCGAAUCCACUGUCGACCCCGGACUACAUCGAGCUGAUGAUUGUGACGGAGAAGCAGGAAGCGAAGCCCGGGUUCCUGGAGCGCAUUGAAUCGCUGGGCGACAUCAAGAAAAUCGCGGAGUUGGUGGCCAAAGUGGCUAAAAGGGAGACGCUGAAGCCAGAAGAAAGCGAGAAGUACGACCGGCUCCAGCAGAUCAAACAGGACCAGGAGAAGAAAGGGCACAACUGGUUCCGAAGCUGGUUGAGCGGUGGAGAGGGGACGCCCACUCCACCCGGAGCGGCGAAGCAAUGACCGAUUCUCCUGCAUCUCGGUCAACGCUUCUGCUCUGGAAAAAAANCCGGCCAAGCCAUCUCACCCCGAGGCCCGUUCCCCGCUGGGUUGGGAGGUUCAGUCCAGCUCGCUCCGGACUCCCUCUCACCGCCGGAGCGUCGCUUCAUCAGAGCCGAGAGAAACGACCGAUGGGAGAGAACCACUGAGCGUCGAAUGCAGCUCAUCGCGAACAGCUCCAAAGCCCCAAAAUAGGCCCUUCGGGAUUCCGCAAAGAAAAGAAAACGGCUUCGAUCCGGUCUCAGUGAUGGAGGCCGAUCGCCUGCUUAGUGCACUAUCGCUGACACUGGCACCACUGUGAUGUGCAAUUCGUGAGCGUAACACAUGAUAAUGUCUGAUGUGACCGUGUCAAGUGUCGCCCUCUUUCCUGUAACUCUCCGUCGUGUCACCCCUUCCUAUUGAGUGAAUGCAAAGCUUUGCGCUUUUUGGCUCAUUAAAU